AUGGCGCCUGGGCCGUCAGAGCCACAGCCAACCGAGGCUACCGGCAUAGGAGCUCCCGAGGAGCUUGCAGUCAAUCUCCAAAUUCUGUCCCCCUCUGUUGGAGUGAAUCGCCCUCUUCUUUUCCCAGACUUGCCGGCAGUGACCACUAUCAAACAGCUCAAGGACAGAAUUCGCCAAGCGCUUCCUCUCCGGCCAGCCGACGAGAACCAGCGACUUAUCCAUCGAGGGAGAGCCCUGCUACGUGAGUCGGACAGCUUGCUGGAUGUAUUUGGUGCUGAUGCUCUUCGAACACCCGACAGACAUACCAUUCAUCUAGUCGUCAGGGAAUCGACCGAUAGCCACUCCUCUAGUCCGGCACCCACGACGACUCGAGGCCUUAGUCCUGCGUCGACCGGCCAUGCUCCAUCUCCAAUGGUACAACAAGGGACUCAGAUUCAUUUUGGACCGCAGCCGCCUCCCGCAUUUGCAAGAAGAACACACUCCCAACCGGCUGCUGCCGACGGUCGCAACGCUCGCGUGCCAUCUCCUGCCCCAGCCCAACCGCAUCCACCCACCGAUCCUGCAUUGGCUUUCCAACAACAGCAUCAAAACAUGAGCAACUGGCUCAGUCAGAUUCAACGAGAAGCUAUGACUAGGGCUAUUGUUCACCAGAAUCAGCGUGGGCGAGCUCACAUGGGGAUGCGAGGUAUCGGAGAUACUGGGGGUGGUGGUGCCAACCACGCCGCAGGGAACGCAGCAGACCCCAGCGGAGGUCGGGCUAGUCCGGCACCAAGUCACACGGUAUAUCGUGAGACCAUUGGUCCGAAUGGACAUAGCUAUCAAGUUGAAACAGUUAUUAGGUCCGGAACACCUGGCCAGCAACCCGGCCUUUCCCCAGUUGAUGUUCAGAACAUCUUGCGUGGGGCCGAUGCCAGCCAAGCUACAGCUGCAAUGACGAGUGCGAUGCAGAGAAGUGCCUCUGGUGCCUCCUUGCACAGCAGAUCACUGAACCAACCUGGGGUUACUACGCCUAUACACGGUCAUGGUGUACCGAUAUCUGUCAGUGGCCGCGCCACACCAGAUUUCAACAUAAGACCUGGCCUGGGAACCGGCCAGCUCCCCAUGUCCACAGGAUUUCAAACUAACCCAGCACGCCAAGGCAUGGAGGUCUAUAUUUUAUCAUCUCCAGAAGGGCCGCGAGCACUACUCCUGAACAAUUCGACUGCGGAGACAUACUACACCCCAAGAUUGAGAUUCCAGAGCAGCAUGCCUCACCUCCGGCCAGUAGCUAGCAGUUCUAAUCUCGCCUUUGCUGGCGUACAGCCGGCCACACCUCAGAGCAACAAUCACCAACAUACUCCUCAACAACAUCAACAACACCAACCGCCGCAACAGCAGCGGAACAAUGCAGAUGCGAUGAACGACCAGGCACCACCACCAGCCGUUCCACAGGCUGGCCUGCACCCAGCAAAUCCCCCAGCGGCAGGUAUCCCACCACUUUUGCUGCAGGCAUGGCCUCAUAUAUGGUUAAUAUUCCGCUUAGCUGUGUUUGUCUGGCUUUUUACAUCCCCUAAUUCCAGCUGGUCGAGGUGGCUCACUGUUAUAUGUCUUGCUAUCCUGGUCUUCCUCCUGAGCACAGGGAUAUUGAAUGGUGUCGCUGAAAAUGCCUGGCGACCCAUUGGAAGACAUAUAGAAGGUCUUCUUCCCACCCCGGAACAGCAUGUUCGCAGGCAACAACGUUUACCGGCAGGAGAUGCUCCCGGCCAAGAGCACCAGCCACUUGCUCAAACGAGGGAGUUAGAUCCGGCACAGAUGGCUGCGAGGUUAAUGGCAGAACGCGAACGUCAGAGCUGGUUCACAGUUCAAGUACGCAGGCUGGAGCGAGCCGGACUGCUCUUUCUAGCUAGCAUUGCUCCAGGAGUGGCGGAAAGGCACAUCGCCAACCUGGAGGCCGAGACGCGGGCUGAAGAAGCACGAAGGCGGGAAGCAGAGGAAGCGGCAGCGGCAGCGGCGACUGUUCCAGAGGCUGGGACAGAGGCAGAGGGCAAUGCUAUUCAAGAGAAUGGGAACCAAAAUAAUAACGAGACUGAUGCAAGUAACCCGACACAGGAAGAAUCAUCACAAAAUAAUGAUAGGCAAGAACAGCCUCAGGAAAGGGUCCGGAGAGAUGGUCUUGGAGAGGAUCUGAUUGCUCUGUAG